AUGGCCGGCCCAGCGAUCAACUUCACAUACUUUCGUCCAUCGGCUGACCGUCUGCCCACUCCGCGAAUGCCAGCUACACGAUCAAAGCAGAUUCAAUCAAAAAUGGCGCCCAACAACGACAAAGCCCCCGUGAAGGGAUCCCGCAAGGCAAGUUACUAUGUUCGAAGACUCGACGGGUCUCGUCUUCGGCUAACGGGAAACGGCUAUACACAGGAAGCAGAACUGGAGAUUGCGAAGUUCGCCGACAUGUUGCUGCAAGUCAACCAGGAGAUUGUGGAGCUUGAAGAGAAGAAGGAACUUCUCCAACAUCGUGUUGAGUUCUGGGAGAAGAGAGCGCUUGCGCUCAAUCGUCCUCAAAAGGACAUCAAGGCCAUGACGGCUACCAUGAUUGAGCAAUGUGGAAAGGAAGCCGAGGAGGAGCUGGCGAAGGAGAAGGCCGAGAAAGAGGCAAAGUAA